AUGGAUUCUCCCACUCAAAACACCUCCUUGCAGCGGCUUCAAAAUGUGGAGAAGGUAACGAAAGAACUUUCAAUUCCUUUAAGGAAACUUUUUCGUGGUUUCGAUUGGAUACAGCGAAUAGUUAGGGUUUUGGAGCUGCCUGGAGGUGUCAUGGAUGAACUCGCGAAUCCUACGGGUCCCAGGAAAGAAUAUAUCAACAAUUCGUGUUUCGGUUUUAAAAACGCCCAGGACAUCCAAGUGACGUUGAGGGAUGAAAUCAAGAGUGCCUGUGAGUAUCGUUCAUUUGAGAAGUGUGAUUAUAGUUCGAGAAUAUCGAAUGAAAUCUGUUUAAAAAAACUCGAAUACGUGAUCUCCCAGUUGGAUGCGAUGGAACAAACCAUCGAUGAAUACCAAGCUACCAUUUAAAAGAUGCAAUGCUAG